AUGGCCUCAAAGUUCCUAAGAGAAUACAAGCUGGUGGUUGUCGGCGGUGGUGGCGUCGGAAAGUCCUGCUUGACCAUCCAGCUGAUCCAGAGUCACUUCGUGGACGAGUACGAUCCAACGAUUGAAGAUUCCUACCGCAAGCAGUGUGUGAUCGAUGAUGAAGUCGCUUUGUUGGAUGUCCUGGAUACAGCCGGCCAGGAGGAAUACUCGGCUAUGCGAGAACAAUACAUGCGAACCGGCGAGGGAUUCCUGCUCAUCUACUCCAUUACGUCGCGCCAAUCCUUCGAAGAAAUCAUGACCUUCCAACAGCAAAUCCUACGCGUCAAGGACAAGGAUUACUUCCCCAUCAUUGUUGUUGCCAACAAGUGCGAUUUGGAGAAGGAGCGCGUUGUCUCCGAGCAGGAGGGCGAAGCGCUCGCCCGCCAGUUCGGCUGCAAGUUCAUCGAAACCUCCGCCAAGUCCCGCAUCAACGUCGAGAAUGCCUUCUACGACCUCGUCCGCGAGAUCCGCCGCUACAACAAGGAGAUGUCCUCGUACCCCUUCCGGCUCCGGCGCGUUCGGCGCCCGCGCACCAGAGGGCAAGAUGGACGUGAGCGAUCCGGCCGAGAACGCUGGCUGCUGCGGAAAAUUAUGUGGUGUCCUUAA